AUGGCUUCCCGGCACGCUGAUCGAUCAAGGUACGACGAACGAGGCGGAGGUCGCCAGCCCGCACCCCGCCGCGAUCGUGACGACAGACGCGACAAUCGAGACCGCGACGACCGCCGCUACUACGACGACGAGCGCAGCCGCAACGAACGCCGCCGGGAUCGUGACCGCGACCGCGAUACCUACCGUCGCAGCCGCUCGCCUCGCCGCGAUAGGGAGAGAGACCGGUCACGAGAUAGGCACCACGGCUCCAGCUAUCGCAGCAGCCGAGAGGAUAGGCGCUACGGUCACGAUGAUCGCUGGGAUAGGCACGAUCCCCGGGCCGACCGUCGACGUGACGAUGACCGCGCUCGCCAUUCCAAGUCGGCCACCCCCGGCGCGGACGCGAGGCCCAGCUCCAGAGCCAGCGACAACAGGCAAGACAAGAACAAACGUGCUGACGAGAAGCCGAAGCUAGAUGAGGAAGCGAAGAGAGCUGCCACGCUCGCUCGUCUUGAGGCAUGGAAGAAGAAGAAGCAGCAGGCGGACAAGACUGACAGUCCCGCUGCGGGUUCAUCGCCAGCUCCUGCCACGCCUGCCACACCGACAGCUACUUCGGCGCCCGUAGCGAGCGAUGCAGAGGCCGCCCCCUCAAAGGCUGCAGCUCCGGCUCCCUCGAAGCUUGGUGUAGAGAAGAAAGCCAAGCAGACCAAGGUGAAGGAGCCUUUCAAGCUCGCCGAGACCGCUGCCCCGGCGCCGUUUGCUAAGAUCAACGGUGCCACUAGCAACGGUGCUGGAGUUCCCAGUAUGUGUGACAUCCCUGCAUCUUCACAUCGGCUAACGAAAACAGGUCGAGGCGGACUGUCAACCAAACCAAACGGUAACAUCGGCUCCUUCGGGAACAAAGCUAAAUCUGGUGAAGAAGCAAACAAGCCCGCGAAGAAGGCGUUACUGGACGAUGAAGAGAACACGGGCAAGCGUUCCCUUCAAGCACUACCCGACUUUACCCCACUUGAUCAAGAUGUACCCGAUGCACCCGAUGCCGAGGAAGACGAUGUUAUGGAUGAUAUGGACAGCCCCGAGGGAGACAACGCAGCGGAAAUCCAAGCUCAACUGGAGAAACGCCGCGCGGAGAUAGCGAACGAAGAUGCGCAGAUGAAAGAAGUCACCGAAGAGUCCGCUGAAAAGAUGGACGUUGACGAAGUCGCAGGCGCUCAAGAAGACGACAUCGAUCCCCUCGAAGCCUUCAUGGCAGGCUUGACUGAUACGCAGCCAAGCAGGGGUCGACCACAAGGCCAGACCAUGUUUGAUGACGACCACGAACCAGACUUGACUGCCGUCGAAGGUGAGGAUCUCCUGGCACUCGCUGCUACCAAGAAAAGGAAGAAGGAGGUUCCUAUUACCGACCAUUCAAAAGUUGAGUAUGAACCUUUCCGUAAGAAUUUCUACACCGAACCUACGGAGAUCGCAAACAUGACCGAAGAGGAAGUACGCAAUCUUCGUUUUGAACUUGACGGCAUCAUCGUAAAAGGUACUAACGUGCCCCGCCCUGUCACUAAAUGGGCUCAGAUGGGUCUUCUGCAGCAGACGAUGGACGUAUUCGCUAAGCUGCGUUUCACCAAGCCUACGCCUAUUCAAGCACAGGCUAUUCCUAUGGCUGAGUCUGGCCUGGACUUCAUCGGAGUAGCGAAGACUGGGUCUGGAAAGACCCUUGCUUUCGGAAUUCCCAUGAUUCGCCACAUUCUGGAUCAGCAGCCACUCAAGCCCUCAGAUGGUCCAAUUGCACUGGUUCUUGCCCCCACUCGAGAACUGUCCGACCAGAUCGGAAAAGAGUUGAGACCCUUUCUCAAGGCAUCGAAUCUGCAUAUUGCCUGCGCCUAUGGAGGUUCGCCCAUUUCGGAGCAAAUUGCGAUGAUUAAGCGUGGUGGCAUCCAUGUUCUGUGCGCAACUCCUGGUCGCCUUAUUGACCUUCUUCAGAGUAACUCAGGGCGUGUUCUCAACCUGAGGCGCGUUACAUAUCUCAUUCUAGACGAGGCUGACCGCAUGUUUGAUAUGGGCUUCGAACCACAGGUCAUGAAAGUCAUGGCCAACAUCCGGCCCGAUCGGCAGACCAUUCUCUUUUCCGCUACUAUGCCUAAGAACAUCAACGCUCUGGCGAAGAAAGGACUUACGAAUCCUGCUGAAGUGACGAUCGGAGGCCGUAGCGUCGUUACCAAGGAUGUCCACCAAGUAGUGAUAACGGUACCACCUGGGCAAGACCCAAAGAUGAAAGAGCUCCUCCGACAAUUGGGUCUCUUGUUCUCCAAGGAUGAAAAUGCACAGAUACUUGUGUUUGUGGAGCGACAAGAGACUGCCGAGGAUCUUCUACACAAGCUUAUGAAAGCGAAGUAUGUCGGCGUAAACACGAUUCACGGCGCCAAGGAUCAAACGGAUCGUAGUGAGGCCAUUAACGACUUCAAACAGGGAGUUUUGCCCAUUCUAAUCGCUACCUCCGUGGCUGCCCGCGGGCUAGAUGUUCCUAACCUUGCUAUGGUGUUCAACUACGAUUGCCCGACGCACUUGGAAGACUACGUGCAUCGCUGCGGACGCACUGGUCGUGCGGGCAACAAAGGUACAGCCAUCACGCUAGUUCAAAUUCCGGGUGAAGAGCGCUUUGCCAUGCAUGUCGCUAGGGCUUUGAGGGAUAGUCAGCAGGACGUCCCCGAGGAUCUUGCUAAUAUCUCGAAAGACUUCAAAGCUAAGAUCAAAGCUGGUGAGGAGAAGUGGUUCGAUCCUGGGUUUGGCGGCAAGGGUCUUGACAAACUUGAUGCGGCACGCGCCAUGGAGAAGAGACGAGAGAAACGAGCGCAUCAUAUUGAAGGCGAGGAGGUCAGUGAUGAUGAACCGGAGUUGCCCGCUCUCAAGAAGCUGCCUGAGGUGGUGUCUGCAGCAAAUGCAGGCAAAGAGACCGAACCUGCAGCAGAUGAACCGGCAUGGAAGCGACUCCUUACCAGCAAGAUUGUGGUCAGUAAGACAGAGCGUCCUGCAGCAACUGGCCCAACGAAGCCCAUGUCUGCUAAGGAGAGGGCUUUGGCAGCUGCCAGCAAGGUUGAUGGUCGCCUGAGCAAGAAGGGUAUGAUUCAUCACGGCCAGCCCAUUGACAACAAAGGCCCAGAUGCCGGUGCUUUCCAUUCAACGAUUGAAAUCAACGAUUUCCCACAGAAGGCACGCUGGGCUGUCACCAACCGCACCAAUGUUGUAAAGAUCUUGGAUACGACGGGUGUUUCCAUUACCACCAAGGGCAACUUCUACGCGCCAGGUAAAGAACCUGGUGAGAAUGAGCUACCGAAGCUCUAUAUCCUUGUCGAGGGUGAUAACGAAAAUGUGGUCACUGACGCUAUGAUGGAGAUUACUCGACUUCUCAAGGAGGCGACCAUGUCUGCCGAGGACACUGCUGUUCGUGGACCAACCGGACGCUACAGUGUCGUCUAG